GUGAAACGCGACGCUGACAGUUUUUUUCGCCGACUUAGACUGAAGGAGUACCAUGCGCAGGACGCUGAUCGCGAUCGCGAUGAAGCUAGCCAGGACAUGGAUACUAUUCACAACGCUCGUUUAUUUGGAGCACCACCAUCUGUGUCCUAUUGGACACCACCACCUGGUCGUAAUGAUACUCUGGAUCAUUAUAUAAGUGUAUGUAGACGAGAAAUACAUACUAUUAAGUUUAAUAAUCAGAAAUGGCAAAAUAGCAAUAUAACUCGUCAGGAACGUGACGCUCUUAAUUCUCUUAAGUCACGACGUGAUGAGAUUGUUAUUAAGCCAGCUGACAAGGGUGGAGCAGUGGUGGUUUGGCGUAGAGAUUUGUAUCUGGUUGAGGCAGAGAGGCAGUUAUCGGAUACAGACUCCUACCGGGCACUUGAUGUGGAUCUUACGAAUGAAAUACAACGGGAAAUAGGUGAUGUGGUUAAUGGCUAUAUUGCUAAAGGUGAUUUGCCGAUAGAGGCCAAAAAUCUUAUAGUGCGCAGACCACGGACAUCAGUCUUUUAUCUAUUACCUAAGAUUCACAAGGUAAACAACCCUGGUAGACCCAUUGUCUCAGCAUGUAAUUGUCCGACUGAGCACAUAGCUCGAUACUUGGAUUCAAUGUUGAGACCUAUUAUUGUUCGUUUUACUACAAGAAGAGUUCGUGAUUCUGUGUUCAAAAAUCGUAAAAAGCUAGCUGAUGUCAAUUCAUCAAACAUCGGGUAUCGAGCUGCAAAUGUUAUCUAUAUUAAUGAGAACUUAACACCAAUGGCGAAAUCAUUAUUGACAAAGGUAAACAUCAAAAGAAAGCAUUUUAAAUGGAAAUUUAUGUGGACACAUAAUGGUAGAAUUUUAAUAAAGAAAGACGAAUUGUCACCUGUGGUCCAUAUUGCCGAUGAAGAAGCCUUACUAAGAUAUGCUAAUGUCACCAUUGUUAUGUGUACUUAA